GAUUAUGAAAAACAAUUUACUGGAUUUGUAUAAAGCUAUGUAUUAUUGUAGCAUCGAUUUAAAAUCCAAGGAAGUUGAACAAUUGAUGACUCGCUGCAAAAUAAUUACUGUAACAAAAACUUAUAAAAUUAGAUAAAAGGUUUGAUAUCAUCUGCUGCUAUCAUCUGCUGCUACCAUCUGCUAAAUUUCUAAAGAUUAUGGAAAUCUUUAUUUACUGUUUUGUACUGCUUUGUUCCAGUUGUCAAUACUUCUGCAAAAACGAAUACGAUAACAAUGAUGUUGGAACGCCUGGUGUUGAUAGUAAAAGAACUGAAGGUGAUGGCUUAACAAAUAGUGAUAAUGGAAAAUCAAUAUACGAAGAGGAGCAGCUCAACCAGUUUUUAAUGGAAAUACUUCAUAAGAAACAGCAACGUUGCGAACCGCUAACAAUAAAUGUUUGUGAAAAACUAGGCUACAACCAGACGUUUUCUACUAAAAAAACUUGGUACACUGAUUUAAAAUUAGAGGACCUUCCAGUUGCAAAAUGCUCAGAAGACAUGUUGUUUCUUUUUUGCAUGACUUUUAAUCCGAUAUGUUUUGAAAAUUACAACCAUGUAGUUAAGCCUUGCAAGUCCGUUUGCAACAAAGUUAAAAGUGAGUGCAGUUCUGCGUUUGAAGAAUCUCUUGUAGAGUGGCCUACCGAAUUUGACUGUGAUAAACUACCUGAGUACGACAGUGACGUAUGCAUUAAACCUGAUUCGAUUGUGGGAUAUAAAAAAGACGCCAAAAAGACAAACGUCGAUUCCGAAUGUUCAUCAUGUCUAAAACCAAAAACGCUUGAACAGUCUCAUUACGACAGCUCUGAUUACGUAAUUGAAGCAACUCUUCUCUCGAUGACACAAAAGCAUCAAAAGUUAAAACUAAAAUUUAAGUUGAACAGAAUUUUUAAAAAAGGUAAAAAAAUACUAGUUCGUCGUAAAACGGUGAAAAUAUAUUCGAAUUCUUUGUGCUCUUGCCCUUCUUUUCAAAUCAAGAAAAAAUACCUUGUAUUUGGUGUGGAAAACAAAGCUGAAAAGAAGCAGUUACUUAUUGAUAAUAAUUCAGUUAUUAUUGAAAGCACAACGCCAUGGAAACGAUUGAUUCGUCAAUGGAAAAAAAACUCUCAAAAAUUUUUUAAGAGUAAAAUAGACUCAAGCAAUUAUUCGUACAUCUAUAACAAUGUUUAUUUUGUUAAAAAGAAGGAAUUUCCAUUAACUUGAUUACGGUUCAAAGUUACGGUAUCAAUAUUAUUACAAAAAUGACGGUAGAAAACGUCAUAAAAAAUGAAAAAGAUAAAUGACGGAGAAGUCGUACCAAGAUAAAUUAACACAAAAAAAAGUCAUAAUGAAUAAUUAUGUAACCAAAUAAUUAUUCAUGAAUUUGAAAAAAACAUUAUAAAUAUCGCAAAAGAUUAACUUUGAAUGUAGAUAAAAUUUAUAAUAAAUAAAUUCCUUUAUACCUCAACAAUUAUAUCCGUUAACUUUCAUUGUAAAUAUUUAAAUGUUUUCAUUGUAAAUAUUUAGAUGUUUGGUAAAUUUCUGUAAAUACUAUUAUAUUAUAAA